AUGUUGGAUUCAGAUUUAGACGAGCAAGACAAAUCCUUUUUAAACUUCAAUGAAGAUUUGCGAGACAUCAUCAAACCAAUAUAAUUAGAUGUUUAGGAUCAAAUUGAUGAAAAAAAAAAGAAUGAUGAUUAGGAUUAGGAUUAGGAAGAAGAAUUAAAAAAACUAAUUUGGCUGGAUGAAGAAUAACACCUUUAUUGUUCUUAAUGCUAAAGAAGAAUUGCUGAAAAAACUAGAUUGAGUCAUUUCACUUCUGUUGAGCAUCUCAAAAUAAUGACUAAAAAAAUUCAGAAUGAAAAACCUCAAUUAUGGAAUUAUGAAUAAGCGGUUAAAUUCGAAAAUACUAUAAAGAAAAGAGAUUUCAAGUAAAUGUGGUAAGAGAUUAAGAAAUACUUUUCAGAUUAAUUAUUGAAGAGCCAAAUAACCUAGGAUUGUAAAUAAAAUUAAUAGUAAGCAUUAUUGAAGGAAUUAAGCAAUUUCUUCUAUUAUCUUUUAAUGAAUGAUGUUAGAGUCAUUAACACCUUCAUUAUUAUCUAUCAUUAUAAUUGCUAAAGCAAAUAAUUUGAAUUCAAUAUGCCCCCAAAAUUUAUGAGAUAUUAAUAUAUUACUUAUUGA